AUGGCCAACCGCGGCGGCAUCGCACUCAGCAACGGCGACAAUGAACGGCCGUCACACUCUUCCCAUGCAUCAUCGCCGUGGGGAAACAGCAUAUGGAACUCGACCAAUACCUCUUCCUCGCUCGGCUUUGCAUUUGGCAACGCGAAGAGAGACAGCUCGCGGCCACGAGAAAACGGCAACUACGAUCUCACCGAUGGCAAGACCGGGUCCGGCUCGCUUGUUGCGGACUCGGAAACGGAGUGGAGGCCCAGUCGUCCUACAUGGACCGACGCUGGCUCAUCAAACAACGUCCACGUGAGGAGCUCUGGAGUGUCGCCAGCACGCAAGCGAUCCAUUGCCCAGACUCUGCCAACACAGCAGUAUAGCGACACCUCGUCGACCUUCUACACCGGCCCACGCAACUCGAUAGUUGGCACCGGUCCGGUUUCAAAGCCACCUAAGCCCUUGCUUGACCCCACGUCGACAAACUUCACAUCCUCGCGUCAGGUUGAAUCACUCAAUGCCAGCUUCUCUAAUUUUGGCUUCAGUCAACCAGACAUCACCCAACGACCCGACACGGCGGUCAACUCAUGGCCUGAUUCGGCUUCUGUCCACUCUCCCAACGAGGACCGGCGUAGCGUGGCACCGUCUGAGUACUUCGCGCCUUCAAGUGGAGCGCCCUCGCGAAAUGGCAGCCUACCGCCGUCCAGACAUGGUGCAGAGCCAAACCAGUUCAACUCGAUGGAUGCAUUCUCUCGGCUAUCGCAAGCUGCACCUCGACAAGCAUCAUCGUUCUCCUAUGCGAACGGCCGGUCCUUCCAAGAGCGCAGUGGGUCAAUCCAGAGCGACUCUUUUCAUACCCUGAACCGCAUGGCUAUGGACCAGGAGCAGGACGCCCGGUUGGCUCACAGGCAGUCAUUUAGCACCAACGGACAGAACAUGAAUUACACCCACAGCGGCUCUGAGCCCCAUGUGGCCCGCGACAGUUAUCCCGACGUACAACUUCCGACAAGGACUGAUGAUCCGCGCUACCGGAAUGGCACAUACACGCCAGACAGCUUUGCUAACGGUCAUAUAAGCGACCCCACCCUCCAAUUCCAGGGUUUCGAGUUCGAUAACUCUCGCAAUGCGCCCAACGGCUCCGGUGUUCGUCAAAGCCCAUACCAUUCACAACUCCAUACACCACCAGUGUACGAUCGGUUGAACCCCUACAGCACAGGCGAGCAGGCUCUCUCUCAUCCCAACAAUCUGGCACUCUUUCAAAACAAAUUGGCCGGCUACCAGAUCCAGCAGGAGCGACGCAACUACAUACCCCAUAGCCAGUUUCAACAGCAACAGUUUCAGCACAUUUUGCCAGCUACACAAUUGCGUCACCCGUAUCAGUAUUCGUACGCUGUUCCUAAUGGUGUGCCAAUGAGCGCCAUACCACCUCACAUGGCCAUGGCUACUAUGCAACCUAUGAUGCCAGUUCAGACGCCACGUGGUCCCCGCGAACAGCAAACUACUGAGGGAACCACAGUCCAGGGGGCUAAGUUGGUAGAAUUCAGAAAAGAGAGCAAGACAAGCAAGCGUUGGGAGCUGCCUGACAUCUACGAUGAUGUAGUAGAAUUUGCUGGAGAUCAACACGGCUCUCGUUUUAUUCAGCAAAAACUCGAGACGGCUAAUAGCGAGGUCAAAGAGAGAAUUUUCAAGGAACUGGAGUCGAACUCUUUGCAGCUAAUGCAAGACGUCUUCGGCAACUACGUCAUCCAAAAGUUCUUCGAGCAUGGCGAUCAGACACAAAAGAAGAUACUGGCCAGCAAAAUGAAGGGCCAUGUGUCCGCGCUUGCAAACCAAAUGUACGCCUGCCGGGUCGUUCAGAAAGCACUAGAACACGUUCUUGUCGACCAACAAGCUUCCAUGGUGAAGGAACUGGAGAAAGAUGUCCUGAAGACCGUCAAGGACCAGAACGGCAACCACGUUAUUCAAAAGGUCAUUGACAGGGUGCCGAUGGAGCACAUUCAAGUCAUCGUGGAGUCUUUCAGAGGACACAUUGGAGUUUUGGCAGUCAAUUCAUAUGGCUGCCGCGUCAUUCAGCGCUUGUUGGAGAAGGUGCCAGAGCCGCAACGCAGAUUCAUCAUGACAGAACUCCACGCAAGAGGGGCCGAUCUCAUCACCGACUCAUAUGGCAAUUAUGUCACUCAACAUGUCAUCGAACAUGGCCUGCCCGAGGACCGUGCGAAAAUCGUCUCUCUGAUCACGGCGCAAUUUCUCACAUUCUCAAAGCAUAAGUUCGCGAGCAACGUCGUCGAAAGAUGCUUGGUAUGUAGCGAUGACGAACAGCGUCGUGAGCUAGUCAACGCGUUCAUUGCGAAGAAUGAGCGUGGUGAGAACAAUCUCCUCAAUCUCCUCAAGGACGGUUACGGCAACUACGUGAUCCAGAAGCUGUUGGAAACACUGAAUCGAGACGACUACAACGUCUUCGUUGCUGCACUCAAACCUGAGCUAGAAAAGGCCAAGAAGUUGAUUUCUGGCAAGCAAAUCGUCUCAGUUGAGAAGAAGAUGUAUCGCUAUGACCGAGUCGAUUCUCCCACCAUGCCACGCGACACGAAUGAGUCAAACGAGGCACCUCCAACACCAGCUCUUUCGGAUUCUGCACAAUCACCCCAGACCAGCUCUAUCCCAAGCACAAACACGUCCACCGUUGACGACCCUGUACAUUCGGCGACUCAAUCUUCCCAGAAAGAGACUGCCAUUCCGAUUAGUGGUGUGAGCAUCCACGAGACCACCUCCUAA